AUGGAACAAACCGGAUGGUUUGAAUGCUCAAACGAACUGCUAAACCGAUUCCACCGCAACGUGCGCUGGUCCAUGAAGGGGAAUUUCAUUUCCAUACCGACCGACUGUCCUCAGCGGGAUGAGCGCCUUGGAUGGACGGGAGACGCGUAUACUUUUGGUCCAACCGCGAAUUAUCUAUAUGACACCGCGGGCUUCUGGCAAGGCUGGCAUAGAGACAUCUGGUCGGAAAUGCAGCGGAAUGGGACGAUGAUUCCACCUUCCUUCGUUCCAAUAGUCCCUAAUUACGAUUACUCUAUACCCGCAGCAAUCUGGGGUGACGUUGCCGUUGCCGGUCCUUGGAACAUCUACCAGGCUUUCGGAGAUCCCGGCAUGUUAGAGGUCCAGUUUCACCAGUCUCAGGCCUGGAUUGAUACGGGCAUACGCCGGAACGAGGUUGGACUUUGGAAUCGCAUCACCUUCCAGUACGGCGACUGGCUGGAUCCCAAAUCACCGCCGGAUAGUCCAGGAAACGCCACCACUGCAACACACCUUGUCGCCGAUGCCUACUUGAUACAUAACACCAAACUUCUGGCAAAUAUGGCUUCUAUUCUAGGCCGCCAUGUACUUGCCGGGAGAUACCAUGACGAAAGGGCCAGAUUGACGAGAGAAUUCCAGGCGGCGUGGAUGAUCAAUGGCGACAUGGCCAAUAGAACGCAAACGGCGUAUGCCCUCGCACUUCACUUUGGGCUCUACACCUACAACAAAGACCGCACAGCAGCCGCCAAAACCUUGCGCGGGAUUAUUGUAGAAAACGACUACCUUGUCGGCACUGGAUUUGCUGGCACUUCCUCUCUUGGAUUUGCCCUGCGGGGUAUCAACGCGACUGAUGACUUCUAUCGUAUGCUUCUCCAAACCCGUGUGCCCUCGUGGCUGUACCAAGUUAUUCAGAAUGCCACGACUACCUGGGAGCGAUGGGACAGUCUCCUGCCCGAUGGGAGCGUCAACCCGGGUGAAAUGACCAGCUUCAACCAUUAUUCGUUUGGCUCCGUAGCCAAUUGGAUUCACCAAGUCAUCGGGGGCAUCGCUCCGGCAAAGCCAGGAUGGAAGGCAGUCACGGUGUCACCGCUACCUGGUUGGAAUAUCACAAACGCCAAGACCAGGUUCCUCAGUCCGUAUGGAGAAGUCAGCACGGAAUGGUGGUUUGAAAACAAUCAAGUCGAGGCCGCGGCCCACCGCAACGGGUUCCAUUUGAUCGUGCAAAUACCCCCGAACACAAGGGCUAAUGUGACGAUGCCGAAUGGUGGACGGACAAUGGAGAUCGGCUCAGGCUACUAUGAGUUCCAUGAUCCUAAGUAUCUGUCCCCUUGA